UCUUUUCUAUUCUGGCCUUCGUCGCCUCUCCCCCUCUUCUGGUCUAGUGUCUGUUUUUCAAAUCACUAGAGCAUCGCUUUGAUCCUUUUAAAGCUCUUGCAACCUUCCUCGACACACCCGUGCUUUGAUCUUUUUUAUGAUUUUAUCCUUACUCCGUAUUUACUCCCUACGAUUUCGCCCUUGGAUCCCUGUAGUACGUCACACUUUCUGACUAGAAAACCCACUUUCGUGACCCGAUCGGAUAUUGUCUGAAGGGAGAUCCCAAUAUAGGGCGGUUGCGCAGAUCAGACGAAGCUCCCAGUGUAUUUAUUAUUAUUAUUAUUAUUAUUAUCAUUAUUUUGAUUGAUUUCUUCUUUCUCUCUUUCUUUCUUUUUAUUUUAUUCUUUUUUAUUAUUUUUGUUGUACUGAUAGAUUCAGUAUCAUUAUUCGGCUUAUUUUUCAUAUUAUUGCAAGUUAUUUUUCCUCCUUUUUUUUUUAACCCUUUCGCCCGGGUGAAUAAUUGUCUUUUUUUUGUUCUUUUUUUUUUCUCUCUCCUCUCCUCAGGCAACCAAUUAAUUUUGGACCCAACCGAAUGUCUGCAUCCGUUUCCGCCUCCGCCUCGUCGAACUUCCCAUCAGACGCUCGUUCGGGGCCCCUCCGCCGCCUUAGCCAACUGCGCGCGUAUACCCAAAAUCAUUUCUCCUCUCAAUCCUCCUCGUCGUCAUCUUCAGCCCCUAAUACCAACAGUCAACAACGCAUCGCCCGUCGACACACCUUUAGUAGUCGAGUAUCUUGGUUUUCUCCCGCAUCAUCUGCCUCCACUAGUACCGAAUCUGCUCUUCCACCUGUGGGGACCAAUGACCCGGCCCCAUGUCCCGACUCUGAACCAUCUUCAUCGACCCUCGCCCGCUACAGUUCUGCCUUGUUUCCAGGCUAUCGCGGUUUUGAACUCGACCUGCGUUCCCAGAAUCGCUCCUCCGAGUCAUCAACCUCCCCCCCUUCGUCGCACGAGCCUCGUCGAACGCAGACCCAAGGCAGGAUGGCGCGGCUGAGAGGGUUGUCUCAAACCCCAGAUACGAGACCGGAGGUGGACACGACGCCAGCAUCGGCGCCGACCAACCUGCAGAAUGGGUUGUUGGACUGCCCCGACCCGGUUACCAAUGAGAAUUCUUCUUCAUUGUCACGCCCGAAGCAGAAGGCCACCAUUCGUUUUUUCCCUCAUCAGGAUUCACACGGAAAUUCGAGACCUUCCUUACCCUUUAUUCCCAUCUCUCGAACGCUACCAUCGGAGAGUAGUGUCAUCCGGGUCGGGCGAUACUCUGAGCGAGACGGUUUGCCCGUCGCAAACCCCACGGAACCCUCCGAUUCGCCUGUGGGUUUCAAGUCCAAGGUCGUGAGUCGAAAACAUUGUGAAUUUCUGUACCUGAACGGCCAGUGGCACAUUAAGGAUGUGGGAAGCUCAUCGGGAACCUUUUUGAACCACAUGCGGUUGAGUCAGCCUAACAUGGCGUCUCGGCUGUACACAGUGAAGGAUGGGGAUAUCGUGCAGCUGGGGAUUGAUUUCAGGGGUGGGGAAGAGAUGAUCUUCCGAUGCGUUCGUAUACGCAUCGAAUGCAACCGGUCCUGGCAGCAGCAGCCUAACGAGUUCAAUAAAAACACCGAGAGCCUAAUUAAAAAUUUAGGUAAAGGCGAUACGGCGGAUUAUUCUGGGUGUCGCGAAUGCUCCAUCUGCCUUGGAUCUGUCUUGAGACCUUACCAGUGUUUGUUCAUGGCAGCAUGUGCCCAUGUGUGGCACUACAAAUGCGUCAGUCGCCUCAUCCAUACACCGGAUUACCCGAUGUUUCAGUGCCCGAAUUGCCGUGCAUAUACGGAUCUCAGCGCCGAGGUGGAUGAUUCGAACGAUUACGAGGAGGUGGAGCAGAAGCCCGCCUCCACAGAGGAACAAAGAGAUUCAUCUCAGGACCGUCGAUCCGAAACGCGCACCCCUCAACUAGAAAACAACUCAAAUCCUGAGGCCUCCAACUCCUCACAAGAAUCCGUGGAUGCCCCGCCAAAUUCCCUGCCCGCGACAGCAGGGCUUACUCACGAUGUCGAGAUUAUGCACCUCAAUGACAAUAGUGUAUCGAGAGAACUCGAUGACGAAGCACCCCGUGCGACCGAUCCAUCCCCUGUUGUCACGGGGAGCUUCGGGAUACCGGUUCCUACGGCCAGUGCUCUUCAGUGCCGGCAGGCGCAGCUGCGGGCAGAUACACCCGUUCGUUCUGAAUCCUCCGAAGACAACCCGCUGACGCCACGCAAUGAUUCCGGUCCUCUGGUAUUUGACGGCCGGGCUAGCAUGUCGUGAAGAAGGAUAAGUCUAUGGAAUACAACGCCAUGGGACUCCAUGCGCAAUGACUUGCAUUGACCUUUUUGAGCGGGGAGACGCUCUGUCAACGGCCACCAGUCGUCCCAUCAACGACUCUUCUGCAGCCUUUCACAUGAUUCCUCUCGUUAAUCCCCCUUGCAUCGUUUACAAUUGAACACCCCAGCAUAGUUAUUUUCUAUCUCUAUAUCUAGCAUCGCAAUCUGGAACCCAUCUGCCCUUGGUUUUAA